UUUGUAUGUUGUCAAAUGAGUAGUUGAUACGGUGGUGUUUUUAUACAAAGCAAAGAAUAAAUAUUUUAAAUUCAAUUAAUAUAAUGUAUAUUGAUAUAAAAUAAAAAAUUAUAUAUCAUAUGAAUUAUGGAGACUACUCCGCUUUUGGCACGGCCUAAAAAGAAAUCAAUAUGGUCUAGAUUCAACUUCUCGAGGUUUCGUAAACGUGAAUUAUGUUCGAGAGUAAUUUACUUAGGACAAUUGCCUGAAGAAGAAUAUCCUGCCAACUAUGUUUGUAAUCAGAAAUACAACAUCAUCACAUUCCUUCCAAUUGUUCUGUUUGAACAGUUCAGGUUUUUCUUGAAUCUAUAUUUCUUGGUGAUGGCCGUUAGCCAGUUCAUUCCCAGUAUUAGAAUUGGAUACUUGUAUACUUAUUGGGGACCUCUAUGUUUUGUCCUCGCUGUCACACUCUUCAGAGAAGCUAUUGAUGACUUUAGAAGAUACAGACGAGAUAAGGAAGUAAACAGGCAGCGAUAUGAACGCAUAGUAUUAGACUCCGAUAUAAAUGGAUACCGUCCAUUCAUCACAGAACAUGUUCCUGCAUCAAAACUGCGUGUUGGUGACAUUGUAAUGCUCCACAAAGGGCAGCGAGUACCCGCUGACAUGAUUUUACUUCGAACUAAUGAGACUAUGGGAACAGUUUUUAUAAGAACUGAUCAGCUUGAUGGUGAAAUAGAUUGGAAAUUAAGAAUACCACUGCCAUCGACACAAAAACUUCCGACCGACGCUCAUUUACUCGACAUAAAUGCCCAACUAUUCGUCGAGAAGCCAGAGAAAGAUAUACAUUCGUUUAUCGGCACGUGCACCCGCUUGGACGAAGAGGAGAGCGACUCCCUGGACAUCGAGAACACGCUGUGGAGCGGCUGCGUCGUGGCCUCGGGACAAGCUACCGGACUUGUUAUUUACACAGGUAGUGAGACUCGUAGUGUUAUGAACAACGCUACACCUCGUUCAAAAGUCGGCCGGUUAGAUCUACAAAUCAACGACUUCACGAAGGUGUUGUUCGUGGCCACGAUGUUCAUAUCUCUACUACUUAUCGUGCUGAAGGGGUUCGACGGGCCGUGGUACUGGUUCAUGUUUAGAUUCGUACUUCUCUUCUCAUAUAUCAUACCUAUAAGCCUGAGAGUUAAUUUAGACAUGGGCAAGGCGUUCUACUCCUGGACGAUCCAACGUGAUAAAAAUAUUGAAGGCACCGUCAUGCGUUCCACCACCAUACCCGAGGAGCUCGGCCGGAUACAGUAUCUGCUGGCAGAUAAAACAGGAACAUUGACUAAAAAUGAAAUGGUCUUCCAGAAACUUCACCUCGGAAACGCCCUUUUUGAUAAGAAUAAUUUUUACGAGGUGGAAGCGUUCCUAACACAACACAUCACCAACGACGCGCCGCCGCAGCCCGCGUCGCCGCCGGCGGGGGGCGCGGGGGGCGCGGCGGGCGCGGGGGGCGCGGCGCCCGCGCCGCGGCAGGUGUGGCAAGCGGUGCUCGCGCUGGCGCUGUGCCACAACGUCACGCCCGUGUACGACGUGGACGACCAGCGGGCGGACGAGGCGCAGUCGGAUAUGGGCAGUUCCGUAAUGUCCGAGAGUUGCGGCGGAGCAGUUCCGCAGCAACAGCUGUGCGACUAUCAAGCGGCCAGUCCGGACGAAGUUGCACUUGUCAAGUGGACUGAUAUGAUGGGCGUGUCGCUCUACAGACGUGACUUGCACAACAUAUCGCUGAAACUUCGUGCCGCCAACGAGAUCGUAUCCUACAACAUUCUGCAGCUGUUCCCCUUCACCAGCGAGAGCAAAAUGAUGGGUAUCAUUGUUCAGGAAGAAAACUCUCAAGCAAUAACUUACUACGUAAAAGGGGCUGACGUGGCACUGUCCAAGCUACUGAACUCAUCCUGGCUGUCGGCGGAGUGCACGAAGCUAGCAGCCGAAGGUCUUCGCACGCUGGUCGUCGCCAAGAAGACUCUCACCAAGAACGAAUACUUGGAGUUUGAGAGCGAGUACAAGGAGGCGCGGCUGAGCGUGACGGCGCGCGCCGAGCGCACGGCGGCGUGCGUGGCGCGGCUGCAGCGCGGCCUGGCGCUGCUGGCGCUCACGGGCGUGGAGGACCGCCUGGCCGAGCGCGUGCCGCAGACGCUGGCGCAGCUGCGCGCCGCCGGCGUCAAGAUCUGGAUGCUGACGGGCGACAAGCUGGAGACGGCGCUGUGCAUCGCGCGCUCGCUGCAGCUCGGCGGCGGCGCGCGCUGGCUGGCGGCGCCCGAGUGCGCCUCGCGCCGCGCCGCCUACGCGCUGCUCGACUCGCUGGCCGCCGACGCCGACCGCACCGACCUCAUCCUCGAGGGGGAGACGCUCGAGGUAUGUCUUCGGUCGUACGAGGAGGAAUUCGUGGAGUUGCUGUGCAAGUGUUCGGGGGUGGUGGUGGCGCGUUGCUCGCCCACACAGAAGGCUCGUGUGGCGCGGUUGUUGCGCGCACGAGGGCUCGUCGUGGCCGCCGUGGGAGAUGGUGGGAACGACGUUGCCAUGAUACAGGAAGCGGACAUGGGCGUGGGCAUCGCGGGCGCGGAGGGCCGCGCGGCGUCGCUGGCGGGCGACGUGAGCGUGCGCGCCUUCGCGAGCCUGUCGCGCCUGCUGCUGCUGCACGGCCGCCGCUCGCUCAUGCGCUCCGCCGCGCUCUGCCUCUUCAUCGUGCACCGCGGCCUCAUCGUCUCCACCAUGCAGGCUGUGUUCUCCGUAGUAUUUUACUUUUCGUCAGUAUCACUCUACCCAGGAUUCCUUAUGGUCGGUUAUGGAACAGUUUUCACCAUGCUGCCAGUAUUUUCAUUAGUAUUGGAUAAGGAUAUAUCAAGUACAACAGCACUGAGGUACCCACAACUAUACAAACAAUUGACGAAAGGACGACAACUAUCGUACAAAACGUUUUACAUAUGGAUCGGAAUAUCUAUUUAUCAAGGAGGUGUGAUAAUGUACGGAGCGCUGGUCCUAUUCGAAGAGCAGCUAAUCCACAUCGUAGAGAUCAGCUACACGGCGCUUAUCCUGACGGAGCUGAUCAUGGUGGCGCUGACCGUGGACACCUGGCACCGCCUCAUGAUCCUCGCGGAACUGAUCAGUCUUCUCAUGUACACCGCCACGCUGCUCAUCUUUACCACCUACUUUGACGCAGAUUUCAUAAGACACUGGGACUUUUGGUGGAAAGUAACAACGAUAACGCUCGUGUCCUGCUUGCCGCUGUACAUCGUCAAGCACAUGCACCGGAAGUGGAGCAACCGCCAGUACAAAGACAUACAGAAAUAACGUAACUAUUAUUAUUAGUCAUUUAUAGGUAACAUUUUGAACAAAUUAGUCUUACAUUUCUUUCCUUGUAUUGUAUGUAUGUUAGGGUGAUAACUGUUGAACAAACCCACAUCGAUACACGGUCGAUCGAUGUCUGAUCGACGUUUUAUAGAACAGUAUCUGUUGAUCAGCCAAAGCUACUAUAACCUAUUCCAAUCAAAGUAGGAAUAAAGUUAAACAAACCAUAGAAUAACAAAUUUCAUACGAUUUGCGAAUAACUCAGCGAUAUUGUGCACUACUAAGAGUUUAUA